AUGUCGGGGCUGUCGACUGCUUCACUAACUGUCGAGAACGAGACCUCUUCCGUCCCAAUUAUCACCGAAAAGAAAGCGGACAAUGCUCAGACCCCGGAUCUCCAGUUCGAGGUGCGCCUCGACGAAACGGACAACCCGCAGUCCAUGUCGACCUUCAGGAAAUGGGUCAUUAUCGUCAUCAUCAGCUGCGCAUCUCUCUGUGUGACGUGCGCGUCCUCCGUUGCAUCCUUCGCAGAACAAGGAGUUGCGAAGGAUUUUCAUGUCUCGCAUACUGUAACCAUACUCUCAAUCAGUUUAUUCGUUGAAGGGCUUGGUCUAGGUCCUCUACUUGUGGGGCCCUUAUCGGAAGUCUACGGCCGCUCGAUCGUUUACCGUGUCUCUUACGCUUUUUUCUUUGUGUUUUCAUGGCCCAUAGCGUUCGCACCCAAUAUUGAGGUCUACUUGAUAUUCCGAUUCGUCACUGGGUUUUGUGGUUCCGCCUUUUUGAGCGUCGCUGGAGGCAGCGUGAGUGACUUGUUCGAUAAUGCUACCGUUGCAAAUCCAAUGGCAUUCUACACGAUUUCACCAUUCGUUGGUCCAGUAUUUGGACCUCUGAUCAGCGGGUUUAUCAAUCAAAACACUCACUGGCGAUGGACCUUUCGUGUUCUGCUAAUUUGGAUUUUUGUCCAAUGUGUUGCACUGUUCUUGCUGGUGCCCGAAACAUACGUUCCGGUCAUCCUCAAGAAAAAAGCUGCACGACUACGGAAAUCUACAGGAAACCAGCAAUUGUGGGCACCGCUAGACAAACGAAACACAAACCUCACUCGGGCUAUCAUCAUGAGUUGUUACACCCCCUUCCAGUUGAUUUGGUAUGACCGAAUGGCCCUUCUUCUUAACACAUGGACCUCCCUCAUCCUCGGAAUCCUCUACCUCAGUUUCCAAGCCUUUCCCAUUAUCUUCGAGGAACAUCACGGGUUCAGCAUGCAACAAACCGGGAUGACAUACCUUGGCAUUGGUUUGGGUAUGAUCAGCGCGAUGCUCACGCAGCCGUAUUGGAACCGAGUCGUCACCCGCGCUGCAGAAAAGAAUAAUGGGAAGACCCCUCCGGAAGCUCGGUUGUAUAUGGGCCAAGUGGGCGGUAUUCUCGUUCCAGUCGGACUGUACUGGCUUGCCUUCACAACAUAUUCAUCGGUGCACUGGAUUGUUCCUAUCAUCGCAUCCAUACCGUUUGGAGCUGGGAUAUAUUUCGUCUUCACCGCCGUUUUCACAUACUUGGUGACGGCAUAUAGGCCCAUCGCCGCGAGUGCGAUGGCGAGCAAUAGUGCGAUGCGGUCGACUUUUGCGGCUGCAUUCCCGCUAUUUGCUGGGGCGAUGUACCACAAACUCGGUACGGUGGGUGCCACAGCGCUGUUAGCCGGCAUCAUGACACUCUGUGUACCGCUACCAUUCGUAUUUUUGAAAAUUGGGGCCAGAUUAAGGGCGACAUCGAGGUUUGCGAGCAAGGACUGA